AGGAAGGAGGAAGGAGCUGAGGAGGGAUGAGAGCAGCGACCAGGGCCCGGGGCCGAAGCAGCUCGAGGCUAGGGGAGUAGGGGUGCUAAGACAUCCCAACUGCCCCAACCCCCUUCCUGCCUCUGCUCCAUCCUUUCCUUAUACCCUCCCAUUUAGGAGUGGAUUUAUUCAAAUUUUAUUUAAAUCCUUAUAUCUUGAGGGUCGCGCGUUUGAAGGGGAGGGCGGGGGCGCGUGCAGGCUGGGGGGGCGGGGCCGGAGCAGCUUCCUUCACCCCCCUCUGCGCGCCCUGUCUCUGUAGGUCAGGGGGCCGCAGUACAGGGGCGGACCCAGGGGAGGGGGGCAGGUUGCAGCGACCCCCCCCUCCCCGGGAACCGGCGGUGGGCGGGGUUUGAACCCCGGAAACGGUGGGGGGGCCCCUGGUCUUUCCCUGGACCCCUGGGCAGUUGGAGCUGGGAAGGGGCCAGUUAAGGGUCGGGGGCUUUGGGGAAAGGUGGGGGUGGGGAGCUGAGACUCAUACCCGGGACUGAGUGGGGCCCGGGCAAAAGCUGAGCACCCUGCGCCCGAGGAGCCCCCGUUGGCCUGGGGGGGCCGAGGGACUGAGCCCCCCAGAGCAGGACCUCCCCCUGGAAGGGCCGCGCCGCAGCCCGUGGGAGGGCCUCGCCCCCGGCGCUCCCCAUCUCCACUUGCUGCUGUCCCGGCCUCCGCCGGAGGGAGGGGCCGAGCGCCCUCGGGGGGCCGUGGACCCCGGUGUUCUGAGCGUUCCGCGCCCCGCGCCGCCCGGCCCCCCCGCCGCCGAUGGCCGCCGACCCGCCGGGAGCUGCCGAGAAGGGAGAGAUGGCUCCCGGGACACGUGUGAGCCUUCGGCGUUGCUGACGCCCCCAAUGUCGUCGAGCAGCCGGGGACCGGGGGCCGGAGCGCGCCGACGCCGAACCCGCUGCCGUCGUUGCCGGGCCUGUGUUCGAACUGAGUGCGGGGACUGCCAUUUCUGCCGAGACAUGAAGAAGUUCGGGGGGCCCGGGCGCAUGAAGCAGUCGUGCCUGCUUCGGCAGUGCACUGCGCCCGUGCUCCCACACACAGCUGUAUGCCUCUUGUGUGGGGAGGCUGGAAAGGAGGAUACAGUGGAGGGAGAAGAAGAGAAGUUUAGUCUGAGCCUCAUGGAGUGUACAAUCUGCAAUGAGAUCGUCCACCCUGGCUGUCUGAAGAUGGGAAAGGCUGAGGGUGUUAUCAAUUCAGAGAUACCCAACUGCUGGGAGUGCCCCCGAUGUACCCAGGAAGGACGGACAAGCAAGGAUGCAGGUGAGGGUCCAGGGCGCCGCAGGGCUGACAAUGGUGAGGAAGGCGCUAACCUAGGGGGUGGAUGGAAGCUGACAGAGGAGCCACCACCUCCACCACCCCUACCCAGAAGAAAGGGACCCUUACCUGCUGGCCCUACCCCUGACGAUGUGCCUGGGCCCCCCAAACGGAAGGAGAGGGAGGGGGGGAAUGAGCCCCCCACCCCAAGGAAAAAGGUGAAAGGAGGCCGAGAGAGGCAUUUGAAGAAGAAACCAAAGCCACCUAUAGCUUCUGCUGAGGGCCCAGCAGUGCCAUCCCCAUCACCACAGAGGGAGAAACUGGAGCGUUUCAAGCGUAUGUGCCAGCUGCUGGAGCGGGUGCCUGAUACCUCUUCAUCGUCCUCGGACUCAGACUCUGAUUCAGACUCAUCUGGCACAUCACUUAGUGAAGAUGAAGCUCCUGGGGAGGCCCGGAAUGGGCGGCGGCCAGCGCGGGGCAGCUCUGGCGAGAAGGAGAACCGUGGGGGAAGGCGGGCUAUACGCCCUGGCAGUGGGGGACCACUGCUCAGCUGGCCCCUGGGCCCUGCCCCACCACCACGGCCUCCACAGUUGGAGCGGCAUGUAGUACGGCCCCCGCCUCGAAGCCCUGAGCCUGAUACUCUGCCUUUGGCUGCUGGAUCCGACCACCCUCUUCCUCGGGCUGCCUGGCUUCGUGUCUUCCAGCACCUUGGACCCCGGGAGCUAUGUGUCUGCAUGAGAGUCUGCCGGACUUGGAGCCGCUGGUGCUACGACAAGCGUCUGUGGCCUAGAAUGGACCUGAGCCGAAGGAAGUCACUGACCCCACCCAUGCUUAGUGGGGUGGUUCGGCGCCAGCCCCGUGCUCUGGACCUCAGCUGGACAGGUGUCUCCAAAAAGCAGCUCAUGUGGCUCCUGAACCGACUGCAAGGCCUGCAGGAGUUGGUGCUUUCUGGGUGCUCCUGGCUGUCCGUCUCUGCCCUGGGCUCCGCCCCACUGCCGGCACUGCGGCUCUUGGACCUCCGCUGGAUUGAAGAUGUUAAAGACUCCCAGCUUCGGGAGCUGCUGCUGCCUCCACCAGACACCAAACCAGGGCAAACAGAGAGUCGCGGUCGACUGCAGGGGGUGGCCGAACUUCGCCUAGCAGGCCUGGAGCUCACUGAUGCCUCCCUGAGGCUCCUGUUGCGCCAUGCUCCCCAGCUCAGUGCCCUGGACCUGAGCCACUGCGCCCACGUUGGGGACCCCAGUGUCCACCUCCUCACGGCUCCUACUUCCCCUCUCCGAGAAACACUGGUGCACCUCAAUCUCGCUGGGUGCCACCGCCUCACGGACCACUGCCUUCCACUGUUCCGUCGUUGCCCACGUCUUCGCCGCCUGGACCUACGUUCCUGCCGCCAGCUCUCACCUGAAGCUUGUGCCCGGUUGGCGGCUGCCGGGCCCCCUGGCCCCUUUCGCUGCCCAGAAGAGAAGCUGCUUCUUAAGGACAGCUAGUUGGGUGCCUAUGCCUCCUUCCCCCAGGACUCAGCAAGAGAACCUGGACCUCUUGCCUUCAUUUCACCCCUGUUGGGAGGCCAGGUUAUUUUCUUCAUGACUUGGCACUCCUCAGUUUAAUGACUUGGGAUUCCUGCCCGGGGACUUGAGCCAGCCUUCCCUCUCUCCCACCUGCACUGAUAUCUCUGGGGGUCUUUGCUUCCCAUCUCUCCCUUUCACCUGCUUCAUUGUCCGUUCCCUCGGGGGAGUGAGUCAAGAGGUACAGGGGAGGUGCUGAGCCAAAGGGAUGGUGGGAGGGGCUGUGGAGGUGCAGGUGUUGAGUAGGGAAGAAUGAGGUAACAUGGUAUCUUGUAUACAGGAUACUGGGGGCUGGGGGAGGCGUUAGAUGGGUGUGGGGAGGGCAGAAAUCAGACCAACAAGGGUUCAGGGAACAAAGACCAGUUGGGUGGGAUGGGGGGCCAAAAAGGGAAACCAGAGGAGCAAUUGGGGAUCCAGGUGACAAGAUAGGGGGCUCUACAAGCCAGGAAAUGCCAGGACCAGGGGCUGGGAGAGGAGCAGAUGUGGGGAUAGUACCCUUUGUGUGGGGUUGCCUCUCCCCCCUCUACCCAGAUUUCAGUUUUCCCCAACCUUGACUCCUUGAACGUCACUGAAAAUGGCAGCUAUUGCAAGGAGUAGGGACUAGGUCUACCUGCUGUUAAGCUCGGUGGCCCAGGGGAGUGGUGAGGGGUAGCCCAGACCCCUGCCUGGCUCUCUACACAAUACUUGAACAUUCAUCUGUACUGAAGUGUUACUUGAACCGGGAAAAUCUCGGACUUGGGGGAGUGUGAUGUGAGGGACCAGCUUGACCGAGACUGGGUUAGUGGGUACCCAGUUCGGAUUGUCCCACCCCCAGCUCUCUUGCUUUACUGUCUUGAACAGCUCCACCCUUCCGACCUGAGUUGUGGGUGGGGGAAUGUCAGCUUAAAGAUGGGCAAGAUGGGACUCCUUCAGUUUGGCUCUUCCCAUUCUUUCAUCGUCAUGGAAACUUGUGUCCCAUUUGCCCAGGGAACUGCCACUCCUGGUUGCCAUGGAACUAGCAGCCAAUGGACACCUCCGGAAAUCAGUGCUAAGACUGGAAACCGGUCCCUCUUAGUUACUGUGGGAACUUAGUAACAGACUCUUGGCACCUCCCCUCUCCCCACCCCUUUCCUUCUCUCAGUGUGGGGGUGGGGUCUCAAGAGCCUGGGGGAGGAGUCGGGUCUAGGUCCCACUCAGGCCAGGGGGAACUGGAUUGUACCAUGGGGGUGGGGGGAGGGGAAUCUAUCCACAUACCUCAGGUAACAGGAAGGUGCGCGGGUUGGGGGCGGGGGCUGGGCGGACCAAAGGCAGGAGGGGGGGGCCUGGGGUUGGAGAAAGGCUUGAUGAUGGGGCCGCUUGCGGGAGGGGAGGAGGCACCCCAGCAAAUGGCAAGUGGGGGACCCAGCCGGGCUGGACCCCUAACCCCACAAGUCUGUACAAUAAGGUUUGCUAUAAAACUCAGAAUCUA